AUGACGAAUCUUGACUUUAAGAAUGAAAAUGAAAAGAUUGAAAUUCAUGAAGAAGAACAAGAGGAAGAACAUGAAUUUAAAGAACAAUUGAAUGAGAAUGUUAAAGUAUCUACACUUUUCAAUUUCACCGAUCGGUCCGACAUGCCCAUUUGGAUUGUAGCGAUUUUUUUUAUGUGUAUUUCUGCUGCUACCACACCUAUAACUACCUAUCUAUACGGAGAAAUGUUUAAAGAUCUCAGUUUGUACUAUAUGAACCAAUAUACAAGCUUAUCGUCAUUUAUGAAAGAUAUUAGGUUUCUUUCAGGGAUGAUCAUGUGUGUAGGGGUUAUUAAAAUGAUUUUCAAUUGGGGUGGUAUCUAUUUUUGGAUGAUUUUCGGAGAACGACAAUCAAAUAGGGCAAGAAAUCAAUUGUAUUCCAAAAUCUUAUACAAUCACCAAUUUGAAUGGUUUGAUACUAAACAGAAUAAAAUGGGGGAACUCUCACAAAUCAAUCGAUGUAUUGAAGAAUUGAGAAGUGGGUGUUCUGAAACACUUGGUCAAUUGAGUGAAACCAUUGCGUCAAUUUUGGCUCUAUUCAUUAUUGCAAUGUUUCAAUCUUGGUCCCUUACUUUGGUUAUCUUGGCCGGAAUUCCAUUCAUGGCCAUCCUGGGAUGGUAUUUUGGAGGAAUUACGCAUAGGGCAGCACAAUUGGAGAAUCAAGUUACUGCCAAAUGUUCCAAAAUCUUGAAUUGGAACUUUGUUCAACAUAAACAAGUGAAGCUCUUUAAUGCAAGAUAUCAUGAGUUGAUUCGAUUCAACCAUGUGGUCGACAAGUCGGCAAGAGCAUACUAUAAACUUGCACAUGCUAUUGCCCUCAACACUGGCGUAUUGCGAGGUCUUGCAUUGAUGAUGUUCGUACAGGCGUUUUGGUUUGGGAACUACAUGAUUAGUGUUGACAAAUUAAAGAUUAAUCAAGUUUUCACUUGCUUUAGUUCUUGUUUAAUACUAGGUGGGAAUAUUUCAAGCAUUACUGAAUUAUUGGCUAUUAUUCACAAGGCAUACGCUUCAGCUCAAAGAAUCUCACAAUUUUUAGUUGAGGGGGAAUCCAUCCCAAUUCCAAAAUCUAAACGUUCAAGCUUUAAUAAACCAAAUGGGAUAUACCCAACUAUUUCUUCUAUGGGGAAAAUCUCAUUCCAUGAUGUGAAUUUCUUUUAUGCUUCCAGAAGUCAACAAAUCCUAACUAAUGUUUCAUUUGAUAUUCAAGCAGGUGAAAUGAACUUUAUCGUUGGAACUUCCGGGUCUGGGAAAUCGAGUUUGGCUCAAUUACUCUUCAAUUUCUAUAAACCUUCCAGUGGAAGGAUUCUGAUAGAUGGGUAUAGUGUUGCAAUGUUAAACACCAAGUGGUUGACUGAUAAUAUCACAUAUCUUCAACAAACUCCGGCCAUAUUUAGUGGAACCUUACGAGACAAUGUAGCUAUGGGAGGUGUCGGCUAUACAAGUAUUGAAGAUGUCCCUUCACAAUUUGUUGAAGAUGCAUGUGAUUUCUCAAUGUUAGCGAGUACAAUAAGCGAACUUUCCAUGGGAAUUGAUACAAUUGUAAGUGGCGCAAAGCUUUCAGGUGGCCAGAAACAGAGAAUAGCAAUUGCAAGGGCUAAACUUCGUGAUACUCCAAUCUUAAUUUUAGAUGAAGCAUUGUCGGCCAUUGACGUUCGAACCAAAAACAUUUUGUUUUCAUCGAUAAGACAGUGGAGGAAGGGUAAAACCACUAUUGUGAUAACCCAUGAUUAUUCUCAAAUCAGAUUAGACGAAUAUGUUAUCACCAUAGAUAAGGGUAAGAUUAUAAACACUGGAUAUUUGAAUGAUUAUGAACUCAAGAAUAGAAUUGUGCCAGAAAAGAAUGAUCUGAUAUCUUCAAAGGAAGAUGAUUCAAAUGAUUUGAAAGAGGAUAAACUGACUCAUUAUAUUAAGAAUCCCGUAAUUCUUAAAGGAUUGGAAGAAAUAUCCACAGAAAGACCAAAGGAAAUAAAAUCUGUAAUUUUUAUUUUGAAAUACUGCUGGAAAAGUAUUAGUAAUAAACCACUAUUACUUAGUGGGGUAUUUGUUUCAAUAAUAGCUGGGAUGGUCAGUCCAGUUUUCUCUUACUGCUUUUCACAAGUGCUUUCUAUUAUGGUUAGUGCGUCUAUAGGAAUGAAUGUGAAGCUGGACCUAACCAAAUGGUCAUGCAUUGUUAUUGGAAUUGCGGCGCUGGACGGUAUUUCCAACUAUUUAUCUCUGUAUAUCCUUGCUUAUGCGAGUGAAAAUUGGAUUAUAAACUUGAGGAAAUUGACGUUUGCCAAACUUGUUGAACAGGAUUCGGCAUACUAUGAUUUGGAUAGUACAAAUGCAGCAGAAUUAACAGCCUUAAUCAUGAAUGAUACUAGAGACUUGCGUAAUUUAGUUUCUGAAUUCAUAUCUUUAGCUGUGAAUUUGUUGGUAUUGGUGGUGGCAGGUACAGUUUGGGCAAUAGUAUCUGGGUGGAAAUUAGCACUUGUAGGUAUAGCUUUUGUUCCAUGCGUGCUUAUUCUUACAGGGUUAUAUUCUAUGAUUCUUGAAACUUCUGAAAAUAAUUAUAAAAGUAAGAUUGCCGAUUGUGAAAACCUUGUUCAUGAAUCUAUGUCAAAUAUCAAAUCAAUAUUGACUUUGGAUUUAACUAGAGUGUUUCAAUCGAGAUUUGAAACUCGCAUGGGUGAGAUAAAGUCUACUGGGUAUGUACGGGCAUGUCAUACUGGUGUUGGAUUCGCUCUUUCUGGGUUAUUGUCCGUACUUGCUACAGGUACUAUUUUAUACUAUGGAAUGAAACUUGCUGGUCUGUUUGAGUACUCCCAGGGACGAUUACUUGAAGUAAUUACAUUGAUAAUGUUUACCAUUGGGAACGCUGGGAAUCUUUUGGGGAAGAUACCAGAUAUUGCUAGAGGUCAACGAGCAGGAACUUACAUCAUUGGGUUAUUGGAACUUGAACAAUCACAGAGUGAAAUUACAGGUGUUGAAAAACCGUUCCGAAACACCAAGGAAUUGGUUGCAUUCAAUGAUGUAAAAUUUCUGUAUCCCACAAGACCACAUGAUACAAUUUUGAAUAAAUUAUCACUUAAAAUCAGACCAGGGGAAAUAGUUGCACUUGUUGGUGAUUCCGGCUCGGGGAAGUCGACCAUUGCUAGCAUAAUUGCUAGACUUUAUUUAAUCGAAGACGGGUCUGUAUACAUAAGAGGAAAGGAUAUUAAUGAGAUCGACAUUGAAUGGCUUAGAAACUAUGUGUCCUUGGUCCCUCAGAGUCCAGUAUUUUUUGAAGGUUCUGUCUUGGAUAACCUCACAUAUGGAUUAGAUCCGAAUACUAUUUCCAACGAGAGAUUAAUAUCUGCCUUGAAGAUGACAAAUGCCUACGAGUUUGUAACGUCAUUAGAUAAUGGAUGGCAUACUCAAGUGGGCGAGGGUCAAAGUUCCUUACUUUCUGGAGGACAACUACAAAGAUUAGCCAUAUCCCAGGCAUUAAUAAGAAAUUCAAAACUCAUUAUCAUGGAUGAACCAACUUCAGCACUUGAUCCUGAAAAUUCUAAGUUCAUUAGAGAUUGUAUUCUGGAAAAGUUUAUGGAUGAUGAGCUUACAUUGGUGAUUAUUUCACACGAUAGGGAAAUAAUGCAAGCAUGUUCCAGAGUCAUCAUGUUGAACAAGGGGGAAGUCACCGAGGAUGGGCUGUUUAAUUCCCUAUAUGAUGCCCAGGGCGAUCUAUAUAGACUUCUUUCUCAGUAA